UUGAGUUGCAAGUAGGAGAAGAAAUGUCUCUCUCAAAGCUCUCUAAGAUUGCCUUAAAAGUUCUCUGUUCAAAUAAUGGGUCUUUGUGUUAUGAGGAGCUCCGCAGUAAAAUGGCUGAUAUCUGUGCAGUGUCUGACUUGAAUCUAAAUACAGUAUUGUCAAACCACCAGCUUUUCCUCAUUGUCUCAGGAACAGGGAGCAACGCUUCUACAUUUGGGCUGACCUCGGACAGUCAAAUUAUUUCCUCCUCCCCCGUCAGGCUGUGUAAAAAUUAUCCAAACAAGGAAUGUCAAGAUUGUGGAAUGCUUCACCUCUGCAGGUUUUUUAUACUUGGCAAUUGCAAAUUUGGAGGAAAAAGCAAAACUUGCAAACAUUCCCAUGAUAUCCAUGACUUUCACAACUGGAAAAUCAUCAACAUUAAUUCCCUCCAGGAACUGAAUGUGAAUGAGCUGCGCAUCCUUCUGCUUCAGAAUGACCCAUCGCUUUUACCUGAGAUCUGCUUGCAUUACAAUAAGGGAAGUGAGAAUCUUCGAUAUGGAAUCUGUUCCCGUAAACAAGCCUGUAAUAAACUCCACAUCUGUUCUCACUACGUCUCAGGAAAUUGUAAAUUUGGGGAUGAGUGUCGACGUUCUCACCAUUUCCAUGGUGAUGACAUUAGUGCCCUACUCAGAAAAUUAUGUUUGGAUGAGGAAGUGAUGCAGAAUCUGCAGAAGAUAUAUCAGAACAGGAACUACCUUAAACAAGUUCCCAGCACUGAUGGAGAGAAUGCUGCCACCUCAUUUGCUUGCACAAGCACCAAAAGAAACACAAACGCUGAGGAGAUCUGUCUGUACUUCAUCAGAAAAUACUGCAGCUUCAAAGAAAAAUGCAUAAGAGUUCACUUCAACCUUCCCUACAGGUGGCAGAUCUGCAAGGAAACAUGGCAGGAUUUGCCAAACAUGGAAGAAAUUGAAAUGGAUUUCUGUGACCCAAACAAUAUCACCAGCUCAGGGAUUCCUUCCAUUAACUUUGAGACAAUGAUGUGUGAGUCUCACCAGGUGAGGCGUCUCUCCACUGCAUCCUCUGUUACUAAACCCCCACACUACACCCUGACCACUGAAUGGCUGUGGUAUGUAAAGAAUGCUUUUGGAAAAUGGACUGAAUGUGAAAAUCAGGCAAGUUUCUUGUUCUUUUUCGCUCCUUAG